AUGUUCGAUAAAGUUCUACAUUAUUUAUUUCAAAACCUAUCAACAAAAUGCAAAGUCAGUGAAGAUGAGGAGAGAAUCUUGUCUACAGCUGGGGAGCUAAAGAUUGAGGUAUCACAUCAGAAUCAUCCUCUAUCAAAAACAACUGACAGGCAAAUCUAGGACAUUUUUAGGACAUAGGCCUAGCUAUAUGACAUAUUCUAGUCAUAUUUGUUGUAAUGUAAAUAUUAGCUUAUUGAUUUUGGACUGAUAUAUUGCAUAUGUGAAAAUGUUUUCUUUCUCUUUUUCAGGACUUCAAAGUUCUCACCCUCCUUGGGAAGGGCUCCUUUGCAUGUGUUUACCGUGCAAAGUCAGUGAACACUGGCUUGGAGGUGGCGAUCAAAAUGGUAAGAAUGUACAAUUUUUAAAGUUGCUAUACAGUCCACAUCCCAGUACUUUUAUGGUGUAAGCUUGUUUCAUGCUGUUCCUGUACCAUGGGGUAAAAACACAUGUAAGAGCUCAUCAGCACAAAGUGUUUAUUGUCAAGUGCAAGCAGACAAAUCACAGGUUUAGAAAUGUUGACAUAGCCUACACAGUGAAGAAUUAUCCACUCAUCAUCCUCUCACUACCAGGUGGUGUUUAGCAGAGCCUUGUAUUUUCCCUAAGCUCCCCUCCCAGGGGUCCCCUGUGGACUGUUGGAAGUCCAGACAGUCUGUUCUGUUUCUGGAUAGCUCUCAGACUCUCUUUGUGGAAGACCGAUCGUUUGUUUACCACAAGACUAAAGCAGUGUAUUAUAAAGCUCACUGUGUAAUUAUCUCUAUCGUUGCCCUCUCUGUGCAGAUUGACAAAAAAGCCAUGCACAAAUCUGGUAUGGUCCAGCGCGUGAGUAACGAAGUGGAGAUUCAGUGUCGAUUGAAGCAUCCGUCAAUACUAGAGGUAAGCAUGGUUGAACUUUGUUGGGCCUGUUAUGGCUUAUCUGAUCAUUGUAGUGCUGAAAUUGGUGCUACUUUAAUAAGGUCUUAUUUACUAAUUUACAGAACUGCGUUAACCCUGAUAUAACGUUUUGGCUUGUAAUUUUGCUAUUUUGCAGCUGUACAACUACUUUGAAGACAGUAACUAUGUGUACUUGGUGUUGGAGAUGUGCCAUAAUGGAGAGAUGAGUCGAUACCUGAAAGACAGGAAGAUGCCCCUCUCAGAGGAUGAUGGUGAGUCUCAUUGUUUACCUGAGAGUGCAUUAGGCUUGGGCGAUAUACCGUAUACCGGGGUAUUUCAAAAUACCAACGGUAUGAUUUUCAAUACCGUUUAAAAAAUAUAAUUAAAAAAUACACUACUAUAGCCCUUUAUAGCUCAGUUGGUAGAGCAUGGCGCUUGCAAUGCCAGGGUUGUGAGUUCGAUUCCCAUGGGGGGCCAGUAUGAAAAUAAAAUGUAUGGAUAAGAGCGUCUGCUAAAUGACUAAAAUGUAAAAAAUGUAAAAUGUAGGUCAAAAGUUUUAGAACACCUACUCAUUCAAGGGUUUUUCUUCAUUUUUACUAUUUUCUACAUUGUAGAAUAAUAGUGAAGACAUCAAAACUAUGAAAUAACACUUAUGGAAUCAUGUAGUAACCAAAAAAGUGUUAAACAAAUCAAAAUAUAUUUGAGAUUCUUCAAAUAGCCACCCUUUGCCUUGAUGACAGCUUUGCACACUUGGCAUUCUCUCAACCAGCUUCAUGAGGUAGUCACCUGGAAUGCAUUUCAAUUAACAGGUGUGCCUUCUUAAAAGUUAAUUUGUGGAAUUUCUUUCCUUCUUAAUGCGUUUGAGCCAAUCAGUUGUGUUGUGACAAGGUAGGGGGGGUAUACAGAAGAUAGCCCUAUUUGGUAAAAGACCAAGUCCAUAUUAUGUCAAGAACAGCUCAAAUAAGCAAAGAGAAACGACAGUCCUUCAUUACUUUAAGACAUGAAGGUCAGUCAAUACGGAACAUUUCAAGAACUUUGAACGUUUCUUCAAGUGCCGUCGCAAAAACCAUCAAGCCCUAUGAUGAAACUGGCUCUCAUGAGGACCACCACAGGAAUGGAAGACCCAGAGUUACCUCUGCUGCAGAGGAUAAGUUCAUUAGAGUUACCAGCCUCAGAAAUUGCAGCCCAAAUAAAUGUUUCACAGAGUUCAAGUAACAGACACAUCUCAACAUCAACUGUUCAGAGGAGACUGUGUGAAUCAGGCCUUCAUGGUCGAAUUGCUGCAAAGAAACCACUACUAAAGGACACCAGUAAGACGAAGAGACUUGCUUGGGCCAAGAAACACGAGCAAUGGACAUCAGACCGGUGGAAAUGUGUCCUUUGGUCUGGAGUCCAAAUGUGAGAUUUUUGGUUCCAACCGCUGUGUCUUUGUGAGACGCAGUGUGGUGAACGGAUGAUCUCUGCAUGUGUAUUUUGCUACCUUAAGCAUGGAGGAGGUGGUGUUAUGGUGUGGGGGCGCUUUGCUGGUGACACUGUCAGUGAUUUAUUUAGAAUUAAAGGCACACUUAACCAGCAUGGCUACCACAGCAUUCUGCAGCGAUAAGCCAUCCCAUCUGGUUUGCGCUUAGUGGGACUAUCAUUUGUUUUUCAACAGGACAAUGACCCAACACACCUCCAGGCUGUGUAAGGGCUAUUUGACCAAGAAGGAGAGAGAUGGAGUUCUGCAUCAGAUGACAUGGCCUCCACAAUCACCCGACCUCAAGUCAAUUGAGAUGGUUUGGGAUGAGUUGGACCGCAGAGUGAAGGAAAAGCAGCCAACAAGUGCUCAGCAUAUGUGGGAACUCCUUCAAGACUGUUGGAAAAGCAUUCUAGGUGAAGCUGGUUGAGAGAAUGCCAAGAGUGUGCAAAGCUGUCAUCAAGGCAAAAGGUGGCUAUUUGAAGAAUCUCAAAUAUAAAAUAUAUCUUGAUUUGUUUAACACUUUUUUGGUUACGACAUGAUUUCCAUAUGUGUUAUUUCAUAGUUUUGAUGUCUUCACUAUUAUUCUACAAUGUAGAAAAUAGUAAAAAUGAAGAAAAACCCUUGAAUGAGUAGGUGUUCUAAAACUUUUGACCAGUAGUGUAUAUACUUUUUUUUGUUGGGGACCGUGCAUUAAGUAUAACUAUAAGAAAUCUAAGAUGUGUCAAAUAAAUUAUAUCCAGCUCAGGACUCCAGCUAUGCAUUUGGUUUGCUAGCUAAGUGGCUAGAUGUCAUGAUCAAGCUUCUUGGUUACAGCAGAGACAUUCAAUCCCCUCCUGUAUCAAGAUCACUGUUGCCUAAAUUGUUUUGUUUGUCAACGUUUUUUUUUUACUUCGUUUUUGAAAUUAGCGCCCCUUGUGUUCACAUUCGGUAAUACCCUAUCCCCCCGUAUAGGGCUGGGCGAUACACUGCAUUUAAAACAGUCAGCAAUAAUCUAAUGAAUUCAGAGUUUGUGAAAUUGUACCUAAGCUGAAUAUUCCUUCCACAACCACAAGACCCACUAAUAAUUUAAAUAUUUUAUCAUAAUAGUUGUACCUGCUUUUUUUUUUGCAAUAAUCAUUGAUCUGGCUUUCAGGUCUGUCUAUAAAAAUGCUAUUUUUGUAACAAAUUUAACCAAAACCAUGCAUAAUGCACACUCACUAAUAAUGUAGCAGGCGUAAUAGAAAAUUAACACCAGUCUCAUAAACAAUCUCUCAAGCACAAGCCCACGUGCUAGUGAGUAGCCAGCUAAUAUUUAUAUUUCAAGUUUAGCCAACUUGGAUCUAGGUAUAAUUUCACAAGCUCUGAAUUCAGCUAACAAGGCGAAACAGUUGAAUUGUUAUGAACACAACCUUCUGUUUGUCUCCAACUGUUUGAACAGCAUGCUCUUCUGUCCACUUUGUUCAGAUGUUGAAAUCAAGUGGCCUACCUUAUUUCUCAGAAUGAGAACGAGUUGCUAAUUCCUUAUAUAAUUGUUUUAUGCUUAUUGCACAUUUAUAAAACAGACUAAACAGCUAGUAUAACUAUUUAUUUGACUAAAAUGCUGCUAGCAAUACGUGGUACCGUAAUGCGCGCGCGAUAAACUGAGCAUUAAUUGUCCAGAAUAAAUGUUCAUUGGUACAUCCGUUUUAGUAGUAUCUGCUCUGCUCGAAAUUUGAGGAGUUGAAACAUAAACAGGGUAUGGUUCGAAAGGUUAACUUCUCCUAUAUUACAGUAAAAUUGUAUCUCUGUGUGUUUCGGUGUCCAUAUGACCGAUUCUGUUCGACCAAACCUCAAAUGCAAAUAGCGAGUUGAAACCGUUUGUCAGAGAGGAAGAAGUGAUCUCUCAUCUUUGUUGUUGUUAGUGUUAGGGGGAGGGGCUUGGGAGAAAGAGGAGAAGCGAGAGGUUUCACUCUCUCCAAAAUCUGUCAAAAAUAAGCCCAGUGCGUUUCUAUGCUCUUAUUUUGAACCUAAGCUUGUCGCUUGCCUUCCCGCCUUUGGGACAACGACUCCCAUUGUUAGGGUGGAGACAUGAGCAUCUCGUCAUUAUAUACACAUCUCUGGUGUAAAUGGGAAGACGCACAGCACAGAAGGAGCGAACGAGACGAGACCAAAAAGACAACAUGAGAACAAGCGGACAUAAACGCUCAUAAAACCAAAAAUAUCAAAAACCUUGAUUCUGCAAUACAGGUAUUUGGAAUAUCGCUCAAGAACAUAAAUUAGAAUUAAUCGAAUUAAUUCGAUAUAUAUUGCCCAGUCUUACCCCAGUAUGGUACCGAAACGAUAUGACGAAAUGAAAAUCUGGAUACCACCCAACCCUAGAGUGCAUCAGUGAUACUUCUCUUAACAUGAUAUGAAAUCUACGUUAACAUGUCUUGACACCUGUCCUCAUUUCCUUUUAUAACUGUUGUUUUCAUUUGGUUUUUUCACAUUACAGCACAGCACUUCAUGCAUCAAAUAGUGAAAGGUAUGCUGUACUUGCAUACACAUGGCAUCAUGCAUCGGGACCUGACCUUGUCCAACCUGCUGCUGACGAGCAAUAUGAACCUUAAAAUAGCUGACUUUGGCCUGGCCACCCAGCUCAAGCUCCCCAGUGAGAAGCACUUCACCAUGUGUGGCACACCCAACUAUAUCUCCCCAGAGGUGGCCACCCGCAGUGCCCACGGCCUGGAGUCUGAUGUCUGGUCUCUGGGCUGCAUGUUCUACGCCUUCCUGAUGGGCCGGCCCCCGUUUGACACAGACACGGUGAAGCACACCCUUAACAAGGUGGUCCUGGGGGAGUAUGACAUGCCCAGCCACGUGUCCCAGGAGGCCCAGGACCUAAUCCGCCAGCUGCUGAGGAAGGACCCUGCGCAGCGGCCCAGCCUGUCUGCCGUACUGGACCACCCCUUCAUGACCCAAAGCCUGCUUGCCAGGACCAAGGAGCUGGGCCUUGGGGAGCCAGGCUCCAUGGACAGCGGCAUCGCCACCAUCUCCACAGCCUGCACCUCAUCCACCUCAGGCAGCAGCCGUCUCCAGAGGAGAGCCAGACAUGUGAUUGGACCUGCCCUGCCCAACCGCAUGGCACCUAUCCCCACACUGCCCCGGCCGCCCAGCAGCGCCUGCUUUGAGGGGGUUGAGGAGUGGCAGCAGCACUCCGAUAGAGUAGGCAGGAGCAGGGUAGUUCCGGGCGGGGAGAGUGGACGGCCCCACUCCAGGUACCUACGGAGGACUCACUCCUCAGACCGGUCUAGCUCCUCUGUCAUUCCAGCCCAAGGGAUGGGGCAGGCAGAGCUGGAGAGAUGCCACUCUGAGGAGAUGCUGACUGGGUCGGGGAGACUGGCCUUUCCCAUGUCCUCCAGCUACAAGGACACUCCACAACCCUUCACAGAGCAUGGAAGGCUCCCAUCACUGCCUGUCAAACAGACAGCUAGGUAAGAUGUGGUCCCAGUGUGAUGUAAUUAAUAGAAUGUGAUUUUUAUUAAGAUGGCUGUGUCUGUCUGACUAACUGAUACGUGUAUGUACCCUUUAUUUCCUCAGCUCAGGAUGUUCAUAUUCCAUACAGCCACCACAUCCACUAAACGUGCAGUUACAAGAGUCAGAAGGUGUACAGAAUUGGUUCACUAAAGAAGGUAUAGUACACCUACUAUUUUCUUUGCUGUAUCUUAAUCUUACAUCCCAAUGUAAAGAUUUAAAAGCUCUAAAAUAAAGAUUUUCACACAUGAGCUUGACCGUGUUUGUUUACCCUGCCUCACCAGGCCCGUUUCCGAGGCACACGGAUGUCACCUCUCACAACAGCAGUGCCAGUUUCCAUAGUGGCAGGGAGCCUCUAGGUGUACACAACUCCUGGAGUGACAAACCAGCAGGCAGAGGCACCAGUCCUCACCUCCACCACAACCAGCACCACCUCCACACCUCAAACACUGAGUCCUACAGGGAGAAUGGGCAACCAGGUCAUGGGGAAGAGCUGCAUAGUCUGUCCAAACCAAGUGUAGAAAAGGAGAAGAAGUCCCUGAGAAAUGUGCUCCCUCCCUUGUGUGCCUCCAGACUGAAAUCCAUCAGACAGAAGACAAAAAAUGCUGUGGUAAGACAGACAUACACCCUAGUUAUCCCCCUGUAUAUAUUCAUCUGAUCUGCUUUCAAUGACAGUGCUAUGCCUGCCUGCUCUACAGCUGCGGUUUCUGUCUCCUUCUCCCCAGGUGAGCAUUCUGGAUACAGGAGAGGUGUGUAUGGAGCUGCUCAAGGGCCAGGGCCCACAGGAGAGGGGCAAAGAGGUCCUCAGGAUAUCCUGUGAUGGUUUGAUGGUGAGUUUCAGGAAUAACACAACACUUCAUAACCUUCAGAGAGGAUGUAUCAUGGUAUCUGUCUGUGAAAUAAUGGCAAAACACUAAUGUCACCCUUUGACCAUGCUCCUGUAGGUCACUAUUUACCAGCCCAAUGAGGGGAAGGGGUUUCCUGUGCUAGACUGUCCCCCUGCUCCUCCUGAGGAUAUCCUGAUCUGCAGCUAUGAGGACCUACCGGGUACACCUCAAUACCAGACAGUGACGUCUCGCAGUGACAUGAUUUAAAAACCACAGUUUGAUAAAUAUGUUGGAAAUCUGAUUUCAACUAACCUUUGUCUCCUCUGUCUUCAAUAGAGAAGUACUGGAAGAAAUACCAGUAUGCCUCCAAGUUUGUGCAGCUGGUGAAAUCCAAGACUCCCAAAGUCACCCUCUAUACCAAGUAUGCAAAGUGUAUGCUGAUGGAGAACUCCCCCAAUGCAGACCUGGAGGUGUGCUUCUACGAUGGUGAGGAUAAUUUAGAAAGCAUCAAUUCUAUGAAACAUAAUGACCUUGAAGGAUAAAGUGUAUUUUCCUUCUGAGAUUGAAAUGUUAUUGUUGCACAGUUAAACUAAAUCAUCCUGACCUGUGGUUCCCCUCUGUGCUGUGACAGGAGCAAAGACCCACAAGACGUCGGAGCUGGUCCGUGUGGUGGAGAAGAGUGGGAAGUCGUAUACGGUGAAGGGAGAGGUGGGUCUGAGUGGCCUCAGCCCAGAGAGCAGGCUGUACGUGGAGCUGUCUGACGAGGGCCACAGCAUCUGUCUGUCUCUAGAGGCGGCAAUCACUGCAGAGGAGCAGCACUGUGCCAUGAGCACUCACUUCUUCCCCAUCACCAUCGGCAGGUGAGCGAGACUAUGUCUGUUGUCUGUGUUAAUGCUGAAAAUUGUCACGUUUGGAAGCACUUAAAGGGACAUUUCAAAAAAUGUCUACUUCAUAUUCAGAAUUUAUAGCACCACCCCAAUAUCAACAUAUGCAAAAAUGGUGCGUGUCUAUGUUUUGUAGUUUACAAAAGUAGAAAAUUAGUUGGCAUGCCUUCUCAUAAUUGGUUAAAAUCACAUGACGCACACUGAGGAUGUCAUUGUAAACACUUAUCUCCCUCUUAUCUUUUUUUCCACAAAACAUAGAAAUGCGCCAUUUUCACAUGUUGAUGUUGGGGUGGUGCUGGAGAUUAUAAAUAUGAAGUUGACAUUUUUUUAAAUGUUCAUUUAAAGAAAGCACCAUGUUGCGAUAUUCAGUCUCAUGUCAGUCCCAGUCCUUGUGUCACUAAUCUUGCUCCUCUAUUUGUCCCUCCCAGGAGACCUGCCAACCCAGCCUCCCCCUGCCCGUCGUUCCAGCCUGCCCCUACGGAUGUGGCAUCACCGCCCAAGCCCCCACACAUUACUCCUUCUGUGAGUUUCUCCAGACGCAACAUUUCACAUUCUAUCAAAUAAGCUGUUUAUUCCAUCCAUUUUUAUUUAGGAAGUGUAAGAUAUUUCUGGUGUUUUGUUGAAUAUUUAUUUUUUCUUCUCUAAUCUUCAGAUGAUCUCCUAUGAUGGGUCUGACUUCACCUCGACUAGCGUGAACAAAAACUGCUCUCCGCUGUCGGUCAAACAGGACCACACAACCAACACAGGGAAAGUGCUCAAGUCGGUCUUUGUGCCAAACAUUGGUUGGGCAUCACAGCUGACCAGUGGAGAGGUGUGGGUGCAGUUCAACGAUGGCUCCCAGCUGGUGGUGCAGGCAGGGGUCUCUUGUAUUACCUACACGUCCCCAGAGGGACAGACCACCAGGUACUGAACACUUACACAGCACCUAUAACAAAUACAAUAAACUGACCCAUGGCUUCACCACCCUUUCAUACAGUCCUAUGUCAAUGUCCAUCUUUUGUCAUUUUGAUAAUUUUCUGUAUUUGAGGAAUGGUAGUUGUCAACACCUUUUUGCUGACAUGUUCCUGCUUGUGUUGCUCCAGGUACAAAGAGAAUGAGAAGUUGCCAGAGCUUGUGAAGGAGAAGCUGCACUGUCUCUCCACCAUCCUGGGCCUGUUGGCCAGUCCAGCAGCAUGCCGCUAAUCAAACAACCUCCGCAGCAUUGCAACGUCCCAGUACAAUGCUGUUGCAGGGAGGAGACACUUUUAUAGGCUUUAUACAGUGACAUACAUACAUACCUCAAGUGUGCUUGUAAAUAUUGUUUUUUAUGUACAGAUGACAAAUUAUGAAAAUAUAUAUAUUUUAUAGUGCCCAUGUUGUACAGUACCAUCUUGUGUUGAAAUGGUGUGCAUGUAAACUUGAGUCUUUUGUAAUUUUCUACACUGUCAGUUGUCAAACCAUAAUCUCCAUGAAAUGUCAGAUGCAUAAAAGCUGAAGCAAUAAACAUCUGCAGGCUGGGUAGAGUUCAGUCACACUUUGGUGUUCAGGGGGCUUUUGUUCUUUCUC